GUCAUCGUCAUCGUCAUUUCGAAAACAACCUCCGUCGAGAGCGGUUACCCGAUAGCUACGCGCGCGGUGUGUUUUCUUUGGCGACUGGACAAAAACAAUUUCCUAUUCCUGGAAGUGGAAUAAAAAAUUAUAAGUGCUGUUUACCUUGCUUCUGGUGAAGUGUUAGAAAGGGCGAACGGCGCACUUUGGGCGGUGUAAAUGUGAUGUAAGAAGAAAAAAAUCGAAUUAAGCGGAAUUUUCCUUUGUUCGACGCACGCUAGAAUCUGAGAAAAACAAGGCGGCGACGUCUUCGAUUGACGAUUACUCAGCUCGGCUGUGAUAGUGGUGAGCGCGUUCCAUCAUAAUUUCGGAUUGUUUUGAUUUACGACGCGCGCGACAAGUGGCCUGGCUGCAGCAACGCCUACUAAGUGGAACACGUGCAUGAUUCAUUCUCCGGACUUUGCCGCGCUCGUGUUCUCGCCGCCGUCGCGGUCCAGUUUCGUGUCGGAGAACGAGGGGUGAGAGCAGUGAACGAAGAUAAAGUGGCGCCGCCACCCACCGCCAGCGGUGCAUUGCCCUACCUCCUCACGUUCGUGCAAACUUGCAAGUGCUUUGCUCAUUUGUGGUUUUGUGUGUUUUUUUCUUGUUUUGCGUUUAUCAGUCGGGCUGAUGCCUACCUAAUUUCAAGUGCAAUUUGUGCGAAGGUUGUGAGAAACGCUUCGGUGGAAGAAAAAUAAUUUCCAUUGUUCAAACAAUCGGCCAUCGGGCGGAAAAAACAUUGAAUCACACACAUACACUCGCACACGCAGUCGUUUCAGGCGAUUCGAUUCCGAAUCGGAAAAAAGGUCGAGUGUUUUCCCAACAAUAAUCAUUCGCAGUAAUUGGCGACGGAGUGAGUGCGGAAUAUUUGUAGCGAAAUAUUUUUUUCGAAAAACCCCCCGUCUGGAUAACGUGAGUGGUCUCCGUCUAGACUGGAGAGGAAGUUCUGUCCUUAUCGAUAAGACAAAAAACGGGUCAAAAUCGAAGAUCCGCCAAAGUGAUAGCGAGGCGAGUCCGUAUAGACAGAGUCCCAGACACAGACCGGAGAGUGUUGCACGCUGUUUGUUUCUGGAGCAAAGUUCGUGUGACGGCCGUUCAAAACAAAGUGUCGUCGUGCAUUCCCGAGUUAUUUACCAUCAGACAGAAAACAACGAAAAAAAAAUAAUCGAACGCUGCUGAUAAGCAGGCCAGGCGAGUCUCGGCCGGUGAGUAAGUCAGUGAGUGACGCGAGUGAGUACGAUUCGACCGUCAAAAAUUUUCGAGAGGAGCAACCGGAGAACAGACAACAAAACCGAAUCCGGAAAGCAAAAUAAAGCAGCAGCAACACGUGGGCCGGAAAAUUUCGGAUGUACAAACAUCCUCAAUGUUGGCGUAGUUGAGCGCGAGUCCAGUCCGAACGCCUGCACAUGCAUUAAUCGGUUGCCAUAAAAAGUUGCCAUUAUCCGCAAAACUGAAUCGCCCAUUGCAAUACUAGCACACGCCGUUCUUCGUACAAAACCCGUAAAAAACCCACAAUGCUACCGCAGCAGUACUGCCUCCGGUGGAAGUACCACCACAGCAACCUCCAGACCAUGUUCUCGCAGCUGCUGGACCGCGGUUGCUUCUGCGACGUGACGCUGGCCUGCGAGGGCCAAACGAUCCGUGCCCACCGGGUGGUCCUGUGCGCCUGCAGUACCUACUUCGACCAGCUGCUGACCAACUGCAGCACCGAGAAGGACCCGAUCAUCAUCAUGCGCGAUGCCAAGUUCGAGGACAUCCGCUGUCUGAUCGAGUUCAUGUACAAGGGCGAGAUCAACGUGGAGCACGGAUCGUUGGCGUCGCUGCUCAAGACGGCCGAAGAGCUGCGGAUCAAGGGCCUGGCGGAGGUCUCCUGGCGGGAUGACGAAAGCGGUAGCACCACCGGCAGUGAUGCCUGCAAUAACAACAACAGCGUAACGGUGAAGAAUGGCAACAGUGCUAGCAGUAACACCAAUAAUAACAACAACAAUAACAGUAUUAAGAUCGUGGAGACGAAGAAGCUGAUGGCGCCACAGUUGGGAGGAGGAUCGUCGCUAACUCCGCUGACAGUGAGCAGUCUGGAGCAGCGGAUUUCCGACUCUCCGAACUUGCCACUGUUGGCACCGUUGGCGGCGGGAUCUCCGAGAAACCCAGCCAGCUGCGCCUCGCCCAUCAACUACUUCGGGAACAAAAAGAAACGUGGUCGUCCUCCGCUAGACGAGGAGUACGACACGUUUCAACAGAUUCCCAAGAUAUCGCACGUCGAAGGUGGCCCCGGAAGUUCGACUCCGUUCACGUCCAGUUCCCAGCUGGUGGCGGUGAUGAUGGAUGACAGCUCAAACGAUCAGGGUCGGGACGAGCAGUCCCAUUCGCAGCACCUCCAACAGCAGUCUUCAGCGGCCACGUCCUAUCUGGAGCAACAGAGUCGGACGAUUCCACCGGAGACGCUGCACGAAAUGGAGUUCGACGAAGACACGCACAUACCGCGGAAGAUGAUCCCGAAGCUGGAGAGACCGGAUACCCCCCAGGACUACAUGACCACCUCUGGACCCAAGUUUGAGUUUGACGAACAGUCACCACCGAGUCCGAACGAUCACAACCAGUCCGUAUUUCUGACUGCCCAGGAGCAGGAAGAGUGGAAGGACGUGAUCAAGAUGAACGACUACCUGACCAAGGGCCGGCGGCCGCAGUUCUGGGAGGAACCGUUCACCAAGCGGGUCAUGGACGGCAUCAAGAACAAGACACUGGAGAUGAAGAAGGCAGCCAAACUGCUGGGCGUCUCGUACGGUACUCUGUACGGGAGGUACCGGGAAACGUACGGCUGCCUUAAGCAUCCGUAUCGGGGUCCCUUCAUGGCGGCAUCUCGGAUGAACAACAUGUGGCCUACGUCAAAUGAUACUGGUGUUGCAACUACUACGGACAUCAUCAACAUGCUCCAGCGAGGGAUUAUCAGUUUGCCGCGGGCGGCCGAACUGAUGCACACCACUCCUUCGACCAUCAGCAGCUACCUGGAACAACUUCAGGAAGCGGCCGCAUCCCAACCGGACCAAGAUCAGCUGACUGCACUGGCGGCAGCGGCGGCGGCAGCUGCAGCCGCUACGGCCAGCUCCGACGAUGAUCGCUCUCCGCACCAUCACCUCCAGCACCCGCACCAGCAGCACUCGGCCUUAUCCCUGAUGACACCGCAGAUCGAGCAGCAGCUUCGCGUCAAACCGGAGAUCAGUAUAUCCGCCCUGAAGAAGUCUUCGCCCAGCUCGAGCUCGGCGGCAACGGUUUCCUCUCCGUCGAUGCCCAGCGCGUCCGGGUCGAUCUUCUCCACGUCCUCCGGCAUCGAUGGCAGCAGCAGCAGCAGCAGUAGCUUAAGUAACGCUCUCAAUGCCAUCGCGUCCACGUCGGCGGCUACACAGCUGUCCACCAACACCUAAGCUGCCCGGUCGCCGAGAUGCACCCGGCGCAUUUCACGCUCGCUAACUGUGCGCUGCUCCGGAUACGCCAACUUUGUUACGAAACGUAGCAUGCCAUAAAUGUUUUAUAGCAAAGUGACACAGCUGCGCAACGCGGAAUCUUUUAGUAAAUGUGAUUAUUGUCCGUUUUGUUUAGGUAAUUGUUCGGUUCCAAGUUUCGUUCAGAAUGAAACUUUGUUCGUUCGAUAGCAAAAUUUAUUGCAAUCUGUAUACUACAAACACACAACUAGGUUACAAGUUCCAUAAUUGUCCGUAAGCGGUAAGCUUCUUUAGCUCGUAGAGACCAACAUUCGUACUUUAUCGAUUUUAGGUUUAGGGAAAACGGUGCUUUCUUUUGUUUUCAUUUUUCACACAUUUCUGUCAUAUUCACUAUAAUCGUUUUAUAGCAGCCAAAAUGCCAUUUGUCUCUCGUGUUUUGAGGUAAUGAAAAUGCUCGCGCGAGUCUGCCAUUCGACCACUAAGCUGCGCUUACUUUGAUCGGAGCUUUGUGCAAAGACAAGCAAAAUCAGUAGAAGCUUCUUGAGUAGCCAAAUUUUCGUUUAUGUUUCGUUAUUAUCGUUUUUAUCGUUUAAGCUUUACUUUAGUAGAUAGGAGAACAAGUGAGAGAGGGGGAUCCUUUGUCCAAACGUGACUGAACUUGUGGUGGUGAUAAAUUUUUCCGUGUACAUUCCUGACACAAAAUCUAAAUGGUGUGACUCGUAUGUCAAAAUUCUAAAUUAACCUGUACAUAAACGAUAAGAUUUAUUUAACGACUAAGUCCAUUAAAAGAUAUUUAAAUACUGUACAUUGUUGUAUCAUGUCUCUCUUUCACGACUUUAUUUCCACAUAGGUGUACAAUCUAAACAAUCGUUAUCUAAUAAACACAAAACUUAGAAACAAAUCUGCAUACAAAGUGGUAUUUUUAUUUUCCUAUACGGAAUCAUAAACAAUAGACAUAUAGAAUUAAGCAUUAAACAGGUAAAACUUAAAAAAAAAGCCGAACGAUUCUCUUAUAUUGUGAAACACAACUCUAUAAAGAGGAUAACAAAUCCUUAUUUUGCUUUUAAUUUAUUUUUCCAUGAACAUAGCAGAGAACAAGAAUUAUAUUCAUCAGAAUGUGCAAUCAUUUAUUUUAUAUAUUUAAAAAUGCAAACAAUCUUAUAAUAGACAAACGUGAUGGCUGCAGAAAACUCUAUUUAAGUAAUCGACUAUAGGAAUUUAUAUCCGGAUACCCACAAACACACACAAAACCCUGCAAAGGAACACAAAUCAGAAAAACGAAGUAAGAUAAACAUUGCAUUGAAAAGAAAGACACAUUUACCUAGUAGUAAAACACAUUCAUACACACACAAGCAGAUGAAACAACUACGCAUAGAAAAGACAAGUGAAAAUGUGCCUAUAUGGUUUCCUAUAAACUAAAGUACCACAUACGUGGAAGUAUAAAAACAGAGAACAAAACUACGAUUACAAACGAUGCAAUUCUUUAGGAGAGACAUACCACCCAGCUUCCGGAGUACAUACACCGGAACGGGAAUUGGUAUGCGAGUAGCUAUCUGAUGUACUGAUGGCUGUUCAAGUCCGGAGAUAUCUCAUGUCAUUCGGUUCACAGGAAAAGAAAGUGAAUACAAACAAAGCUGAUGCUAAUAAAUGAACUCGUGGUGAUUUGAAA